AAACCCAGUUACAAACGUAAUCGGUUAAUUGUUUAUUUAUCGUCAUAUGUUAUUUUUCGAGAACCAUCUCUUUUGUACUCUCCGUGUAGCAAGUGAAACGCAUUUUUCGUUGAUUUAAAAUGAUCACAUUCAUCCAGUUUUUUGUUUUGAUCUUGGUAGCAUGCCGGUGGACUUUGACGAACGCCGGCAUCCAGCGCAUAAUCCCGACCAGUUACAGGACGCCAUCGGAUUAUUUAGCAUCGGUCGUUGGACGCGGUAAGGCCACGCCGAUGGCCGUACGUCCGUUGGCUAUGUCACGGAUCCAAAUUUACGUGAAGCAAGACUGGCUGGGAACGUCGAUCGGUGGAUCGACGGGAACCGACGGCGGGUACACGGACGACCGGAUCGUUCGGAGCCGGACGACGCCGUGUGGAUGUUCGCGAACCCGUUGGUCGCAGCCAACGACCACCACCCAGGGGCCGCCGUGCCGUUGUCGUACGGCCACGACUCAACGCACUCUUCCGACGGCCACUCGCACCUGGCCGCCGCUGCCGACCCGCUGCACCGCAUGCGACACUCCGGCCACGGCCACCGUUCGCACCUUGCCGCCCUGGAAGUAUACCGUUCGUGUCUCACCGUUCACGACCACCGAAAGCCCGACGACGCGACCACCGCACCACUGUCCGCCUCCCGUGAACGACGACGGAGAAGAUUUUCUUGAUUUUCUCGUCGAAGAAGACACCGACGAUGAGGACGACGACGUUCGCCGGCGCGUUACCACUGCGGCCGAUUCUCCACCCACACCGCUGAUCACGACCGUUUACCCUACCGCCACCACUGCCCGGUGCCCGGUCCGCGAACCAGUACCGCGGUCGCCGGUGACCGGAAGGUAUCCGACGUCGCCAACACCGAUCCGCCGCCGCCGCCCGUGCACGUGCGUUUGUCAUCGGCCGGUGUUGUCGCCUACCCGUUCGCCGUCUCUUCACUACCAGCGAGCCGCGGCCGCCGCCGGUAUCGCUGUCGGUCCGUACGACUAACGGAGGAUAUUAACCGGCCGGUUUAGGGGUUGGUCGCACGUCGAAUUGCAGUAGGCACCUAUCGCCAUCCACUUGCUACGGUCCUGCCGAUACGUCACAUACACGAGCAAGCAAACUUAUUUCUUAGCCGGAGAGUUAUCGGACAAGUCUAUCGUUCAACCGCAUACAAUUUUAAUAGCUGAUGAGCAGGUUUUUCGGACGACGCCGUGCGGAUGUUCGCGAACCCUUUGGACGCGGCCAACGACCACCAUCCAGGGAUCGCCGUGCCGUUGCUGUACGGC